CACCACCAUCGCACAACACCUCACCACACCGCCCGCACGCCGCCACCACCCGACGACACCGCACGCCCGGGGUUACGACGGUAUCUGCGAUCCAUUUGCGACAUUCACGACAUGCGCGGCGCCGAGUGACGUGCGCCCGGCCAUUUGCGACCACAGGCAGACGCGUCCAGCGCCGCAUCAUAACAACGCGAACAUCACCACGCAGCGCAUUGCUUGUAAUCCCAACACCACCCAUUCCACUCUACUGCAAACACCACCACCAUUGUCGCGUAGGGCGACUAUAUCCUCUACACUACCGCAAUCAUGUUCUACGAGGCAUCGCUGUUGUCCAAGACGGGGCCACUGGCUCGCGUCUGGCUCGCCUCCAAUCUGGACCGGAAGCUUACCAAACAGAAUGUGAUGCAAGCGAACCUGGAGAACAAUGUGAAAGACAUUAUCGGCGAGAAUCAGGCCCCACUCGCGCUUCGUCUGAGCGGGCAACUGCUACUGGGUGUCGUCAAGAUUUACAACCGAAAGGCCAAAUACUUGAUGGACGACUGCAGCGAUGCAUUGCUCAAAAUCAAGAUGGCAUUCCGGCCUGGAAACGUCGACCUGCCGAGUGAUCAAUCCCACAAAGCUAACCCAGCUGCUUUGACUCUCCCGGAUACAAUCACUGAUCUAGAUCUCUUCGCGCCUAUGCCUGAUCCUGAGGAACUUCUCCGUGAACCUGAGGCGCGUGCGCCAGGACAGGACCCAACCCUUCUCGACUAUGGCAUGAGUCAGAUCAUGGACUCCCAGACUCCUACGCGUACUCAGAAACGAGCUUUGGCACUGGACGACGACGAUCUCGGAUUGGAUCUCGGGCUUGAACCCGACGAUGAGCGUGCAGCUGCUACACCUGAAAGCGAUGGCCCAAGUAUUGAAAUGGGCCGUCGUGCAGCGACUCCUCGACCAGAUCAACCGACUCUCCUUGAAAAUGACGACCUUGGACUCGAUUUUGGUUUCGAUAACGACACGACUCUCCGGCAGACUACCGAGCAACCUGAUGAUCUACUCCCUGGCGCUGAUGAUGACAUGGCGAUGGGGGGCAUGGACGAGGAUGUUGAGAGGGCCAAUGCCGCUGCUCUUGAACGCGCUCAAGCUGCUGCGGAGCAACGCCAACGAGAUUCCGCAUCGCCUCUAUCGACCGUUCGUAGCAGUGUCGAGCGCGAUCUGGAGCGAACUUUCCAACUCGACCAGGCAGCCAUGAAUGAGGACGACGAAACGAUGGUCCAAGCCGCGCAGCGCGUCAAGCGACGAAAGCUCGUGCGCAUGGACCACGAGACCACCAUGAAGAACGCCGACAUCAAGAAACUUCAAGACGAUCGAUCCGCUAUUACCAAGGCACCUACUUAUCUACCUCGUGAUCCUCUUCUCCUGUCACUGAUGGAAAUGCAACGCAACGGCACUUUUGUCAGCAAUCUCAUGGGUGAUGGUCGCAUGCAAGGCUGGGCACCAGAACUCCGCGGCAUACUGUCCCUCGAAGUCGUCCGUAGCGCGGGCGACAAGAAGCGCAAGCGAGACUCUGGCAUCGCAGACGUCGAUACGGGUAGCGACAGGCAGGAGACUCCUCAACUUGAAAUUCCUGUUGACGAAGACUCUGGUGUCCAAAUGGGAGGUGCCGGAGCAGACUUCGAUGCCACUGUCGAUGACGAAGAAGCUCCAUUGAAUCUGGACGAUGACAUUCACGAAGACGACGCCUAUGACGCUGGCGUCAAUUUCGAUAUCACCGAAGCUCCUCUCCUCCACCCUUCACAAUCUGGCCCCGUGGCCAUCGGCACAAAGAAGAUGGUCCACAUGCUCCGCGAACAUUUCGCGCCUGAUCACCCCAAAGACGCUAAUGAACCUCCAACCCCUAGCAAACGCGUGAAGACCGUGGCGAAAUUCACAGAUCUAUGUCCUGAAAAUCAGACCACGCGACAAGACGCAACUAAGAUGUUCUUCGAGCUUCUUGUCCUUGGCACGAAGGAUGCAAUCGCCGUUGAGCAAGAUAGCAAGGGUCUGGGUAAUCCUAUCAAGGUCCGAGGGAAGCGAGGACUGUGGGGUGACUGGGCAGAGAUGCAAUCUGGAGGAGAGAUCGCUAGCCAAGAACAAGAUGCUACUGCUGCUGCUGAUGCGGCCGCCUCGAGGGCGCGGGAAUUGGCUACGGAGGUCUCGAUCGAAGCUUAAUUGGUUUUCAUUCUUCUGGUUUGAGACAAUGAGGAAAGAUGACUUGAAACCUUUUGGGGAUUGGAGGGGACUUUUUGAAAAAUUUGAGCGAUGGCGCUCUGGGCGUUAUUGUUGUUGUUGCCGUUCUUGGAAGGCUUGGAGGAGGAUUGAAAAAAAAAAACUUGGAAGCAUCAGGAUUGAAGGAUGUUAUGUGGUAGUCGUCGCCGACGCUCGGGACGACAAAGAAGGAAGGGAGAGAGCAGGGAGCUAGCUCCAAUGACUGGAAGCAGGACCCACGUCAAAUGAGCUUCGUCGAAGCAAGAGAAUUCAUGAAGAGAGGAACCUGUUGUUAUUUGCUCGCGACCCUUCUGAAGUUCAUUUCUGUCAAUCCUUGCAAUUUUAUGAUAUCCUCUUGAGCGAGUCUUACGAUGGCAGGCAGUCAGGUAGCUUAGUCGUACUUACUAUUUGGAUAACGAGAAUUGAUGCAGUGUGGACC